UGCAGCUGCGAGCCCUCCUCUCCCAUAGACAGAGAGAAAGCGGAGAGGAAAACGGCAGAUGCGUGAAACGCACUUGCACAGUAGGAAUCCUUCCUCCAUCCAUUAAAUAAGGCGGGGAUGCGUGUCGCGGCUAGCCAAGCGACGCGAACUGCCUCGCUCGUCUGGCCACUCCAGCCAGGUCCAAGGGGACGCGCCAGAGCUGCUGCAUCCCGCCAGAGCCUAGCAGCACAGCAGGCGCAUAGCUAGGAGAAGUGAGUGGUGCGGGGUACGCAGCGGAGCGGACAGGCGCCCCAGAGAUCGGUCGAGAUGGACGGCGGCAACGGGGAGGCGUGGCGCGGCGCGGUGUCGCCGGCAGCGCGGUACGCCGAGUCCGGCGGCGCCAGCCUGACGUGGGAGAACCUCACGGCGGUGCUGCCGGGCGGCGGCGGCAGGGCGACAAAGAAGCUGGUGCAGGGGCUCUACGGCUACGCCGUGCCCGGCCGCGUCGUCGCCAUCAUGGGGCCUUCCGGCUCCGGCAAGUCCACACUCCUCGACUCCCUCUCCGGGAGGCUGGCAAGGAACGUGGUCCUCACUGGGAAGGUUCUGCUCAACGGCAAAAAGAGGCGGCUGGAUUAUGGCAUCGUGGCAUAUGUGACCCAAGAGAACGUGCUGCUGGGUACACUGACUGUGCGCGAGACGGUGACCUACUCGGCCCUCCUCCGGCUGCCAUCGAGCAUGCACAAGUCAGAGGUGCGCCGCAUCGUGGAUGACACACUGGACGAGAUGGGCCUCCAGGAGUGUGCUGACCGUCACAUCGGAACCUGGCACCUCCGCGGCAUCAGUGGUGGCGAGAAGAAACGCCUGAGCAUCGCACUGGAGAUCCUUACUCGCCCACGUCUCCUUUUCCUCGACGAGCCCACAAGUGGCCUUGACAGUGCCGCUGCCUUUUCUGUUGUCCAGACGCUGCGGCAGCUCGCCAUUGAUGGCGGCCGCACCAUCAUCUCCUCCGUGCACCAGCCCAGUAGCGAGGUAUUUGCACUCUUCGAUGACCUUUGCCUCCUCUCCAGUGGGGAAUGUGUCUACUUCGGUGACGCCAAGCUAGCAACACAGUUCUUUGCGGAAACAGGGUUCCCGUGUCCCAGCAGGAGGAACCCAUCCGACCAUUUCCUCCGGUGUGUCAACUCAGACUUUGAUGACGUUGCUGCCACUAUGAAAGGAUCCAUGAAGCUGCGACAAGAGGCAGAUCUUGAUCCCCUGUUGAAGUACUCAACCUCAGAGAUCAGGGAACGGCUGGUGGACAAGUACAGGAUCUCAGAUUAUGCCAUGAUGGUUAGGAGCACAAUACACGAGAUAACCAAGAUUGAGGGUGUGAUGGUGGAGGUGAUCCGUGGCAGCCAGGCGAGCUGGUUCAAGCAGCUCCGCACGCUGACAAGCCGGUCUUUUACCAACAUGUCCCGCGACUUGAACUACUACUGGCUGCGCAUCAUCAUUUACAUUGUCAUGGCCAUCUGCCUGGGAACUAUCUACUACGAUGUGGGCACCAGCUACUCGGCCAUACAGGCACGCGCCUCGUGUGGAGGCUUUGUGUCUGGCUUCAUGACCUUCAUGUCCAUCGGUGGCUUCCCAUCCUUCAUCGAGGAGAUGAAAGUGUUCACCCUCGAGCGCCAGAAUGGCCACUAUGGUGUCGCCGCCUACAUCAUCUCCAAUUUCCUCUCCUCCAUGCCAUUUUUGCUCACCGUGUCCUGGGCCAGCGCUUCCAUCACAUAUUGGAUGGUCAAGUACCGGGCAGGCUUCAGCUACUUCGCCUUCUUCGCCCUCAACCUCUAUGGUGGUGUCUCCGUUAUUGAGAGCCUCAUGAUGAUCAUCUCCGCCCUCGUGCCAAACUUCCUCAUGGGCCUCAUCCUUGGUGCCGGUGUCAUUGGGAUCAUGAUGUUGACGUCUGGAUUCUUCCGACUGCUUCCGGAACUUCCAAAGAUCUUUUGGAAGUACCCAGUGUCCUACAUUGUCUAUGGGUCAUGGGGUUUGAAGGGCGGGUACAAGAACGACAUGCUUGGGCUGGAGUUCGAGCCAAUGGUGCCAGGGCAGCCGAAAAUUACAGGAGAAUACAUCAUCACCGAGAUGAUGGGGCUGAGCUUGAACCACUCCAAGUGGUUGGACCUCGCCAUGAUCUUCGUUCUCCUCUUCGCCUACCGCCUCACCUUCUUCAUCGUGCUAAAGCUCAAGGAGGCUGCUGCACCAUACAUCCGUGUUGCCUACACACGCUUCACUGUCAAGCGUCUUGAGCGGCGUGCCUCCUUCAGGAAGACACUGGCCAUGACGUCUAUGUCCAAGCGGCACAAUCCGCCGCACCCCAUGGCCAUCCAGGAGGGCCUCAACUCGCCCAUGCCAUACUGAGCCGAGGAGACUAAGAGCAAAGAGUGCUGCUGGUAGCUAGUGGUUGAUAUCACAAUUACAUGUGUAUGUGCUUACAGAUUUGUCUGUUUGAUUGUUUAGUUGUCAGAGCGAUACAAUCUUCACAGCAUUCGUUUCACUGUAAUAACUCUGGACACUAUACGCAUACAAGAUAGUGUUGUGUACUUGUGCGUACUUAAUUUUUGUUUACAUUUGUUUUCGUAAACAUUAAAAUCA